UUUCGAUACAAGUCAAGCUACAACUCAAACUUACGAAAAUUUUAAAAAUCAGUGUCUUCAAAUUGUUACCGGUUCAGAGCACUUAGGGAUGGGAGUGUUGUGCCCUCAACCUCCGAAUCCUAAUGAUUUGAGCAAUUUUUUUCUGAUUAGGUUGUUCAAUGGAGAGAUACACGAAACUUCAAAUGUGGAAGUUUGUUUGGUAGCUAGGAAAAGCGAUUUGUAUUUGGUUGGAUUCAAAGGUCUUAGCAUAGCAUUAUCAAAAACAUAUUUUUUGAAAAUGGUCGUUAUGGUAUGCAUGAUUCUAUAUUCUACAACCUUCUUUUCACUGCAUCGUAUAUUCUUCUUGAAGGUAGAUAAAGGUAAUGUUGUUAAUGGUAGGACUCGAAUUGAACUUGGCAUCACUAAAAUGCAUUAUUCCAUCACAAAAUUAUAUUUUCUCCCACAAAGUCGUGUGGAAAGAGAUAAGAUUGUUUCCAAAGUCUUUUUAGUGUAUGUCCAGAUGAUUUCUGAGCCGCUUAGGCUAAAUCCAUUGUAUUCU